AUGAAAUCCUUCAUUUUUGCCAUUUUCUUUAUUUUCUUUGCACUUUUACUUAAUUUUGUAAAUGCUCAUUUUAAACUUUUAGUGCCACCAUCUAGAAGUGGCGGAAUCCCGGUUUUUGAUCCUCCAUGUGGCCAAAAUUUUACUACGGUUAAUCAUACCACCAUUAGCACUUUUCCUAUAAAAGGUAAUGUUAUACUCGAAAUGAUCCAUGAUACCAAUGGUACUUUGCUCUUUUAUUAUUCUACCGAUGGCAUUAAUUUCACUCAAGCUGCAGACUCAAAGAAAUAUGAGAUUGCUAAUGCAAAGGGUGAAAAUGUAAUAAUUUUUGUUGACCUGUCCAAAGCCGGUGCAACUGUUGGCAGUCAGGGAGUUCUUCAACUAGUUUAUCUUCAAUCAGUUUAUUUUCAACCUAAUGAUACUGCUCCAACCAAUACAACAUUGUACGAAUGUGCUGAUAUUAAGAUCACUGCAGAGAGUACUUCUCCAAGCUCUGUCACUGCUGGAAGCAAAAGCGCUGGUUAUAUUAAUGCUCCCCACGUAAUGUUUACUCUUUUUAUUAGUUUAUUUCUGUUUAUUUAUUUAAGGUUUUAG